CUGAAAAUUAUGGAUAUAUGGGUAAACUUGCUCUCCGACCGGUUAGAAUCCCCGAAUUUCGAGUUUAUCACGGAUUUCAUCGGCGGAAAAUGUGUUGUGCAGAAAGACUAUCUCGAAGAUGAAAAAUCACAAUCAUCAUCGGGAUGGCUGCUUCACGUCUAUUUUCGCCCGGAAGAGUUUUUGGACCGGCCAUUCGUUGCGGAUAUCAUUUUCAGAUGCGGAACACGGAGAAGAGAGGUUUUCUCUGUACUUUUGAAAAAUGACUGCUUUUUCGCCCAUAUGCGUGUCAAGGAAAAGACUGGAAGGCUGAUAAUUGCGGCAAGGAUCCGAAAAAUGCUAUGCGAGUUGGAUCUCUCAAAACCUUCAGGCUCCCGGCAAUUUGUGGUUCAAAAUUUUGAAAAUCAGCUAAAAGACGGUCGAAUCUUCUACGUAAAUCUCGCAAAACUCGGGCAAAUCGGCGGAGAUUUAUUCAAAAAAUGGCAGACUGUGGAGAAUGUUCAACAGCUUAGUUUAGCCAACGAAACAAUGGAAAAUCGAAUGAUUGAAGUUUUGAUGGAGGCUACGGCGAAAUAUGAUGAUAUUGUUGUCAUUAGACACAGUUUUCAUAGACUAAUCCAAUUGGCUCAAACGUACCGAAUGCACAAAUUGAUGCGUGUAAUUGAGGAAAACUUGUCAGAAACGAAGCUCAUGAAUUGGGAUGAAAAGAUUCUGUUGGCUCUACAAUAUAGAAUGAGCCAACUUUAUGUUCAAGUUCAGCGGAAGUAUCUUUUGACGCCGUGGAACAUACUUUGCAGGAUACAACGCCUCUACCUGUCAAAUUAUGCUGCAAAAUCGGGAAAUGCCUCAAAUCCGUACGAUAUGAUCCACAAAAACCUGAUGCAAAUGGUUAUGAUGUCCGACGAGAAUAUUUGUAUUGGAUAAUCGAGUUUUUAAUAAAUUUUUGAAGCUU